AUGACUGGCAACAUUGUCAGAACACACGAUCGCGAUGGAAUUUCUUCGAAAGAAAAAGAAAAGGACAUUCCGAUUCAUCCUGGAGAGCUCAAAUGUGAAGAGCCGAAACUGGCAACCGACUGGAGCGCACACGUAGAGCCAAUCAUGCCCCUUCGCUCGGAUCACUUCCUCAUCCCUGUCUUACCAUACGGCCCAAAUAACCAGCUCCGUGGCUUUCGCGAAACAAUCAUUUUGGCGAUCAAGCUCAAUCGCACCGUUGUGAUGCCGCCCUUUUACAAGCAUCGGUCGGACCCGUCGCCUGGCGAAAUUUCUUUUCCGUGGAGAAAAGUCGACGAAAACAUGCUGCGAAAAUUCAUCACCGUUGCUAGUGCUGAAAUGAUGGCGACUGCUUGUGGUGGGAAAUUUGAUGUUGCUCUGACGGCGAGGGAGGAAAGCUCCGAUGCAGCGGGAAAAGUCAAGAGGAUUCAGCAAUUGGAGACAUUUGCAGGGAUGAAAGCGUUCGAUGAAAACACCAAAUUUCUGAUGGACGAGAUUUUGGAAAUGGAGCAUGUUGAAUCAGCGAAAAAUGGAAUGAUGUUUCUACCCCUUGAAGCCGAAAAACUACAACAGGUGUAUCCAACGGACGAGAAAUGCGCCCUGUGGUUGUUCCCCUAUCGCAACAUCGAUCUUACCAAACUUCUGAUCAAGCGCAAACGAAAAAACGACAAAAACUUCGAUCCCGACAAUCCGGAGCGUCCCUCCGGCCAAGAUGACGACGCCGCUAUCAUUUCCAAUGUUAUGCAUUACUCGCCGAGGCCACAAUUUAUUCGCGACGCGGCGAGUGCUUUUGUUGCUGAUGUUAUAGGUACGUGGGAUAUGGUCGCAAUGCACUGGAGGUAUGACGAGAAAGACUUCAUGGUGCACUGCCAGAAAGGCGCUGGAAACACAGACAAGUGCGACCAACUGGCCGAUGUGGAUCCCCAAGUCGUUGCGAAGAAUUUGGCUAUUUACUCGAACUCGGUCAGAAGUUAUGGCCGCUACGAUGCAAAAAUUGUCUACAUAGCUGCUCCACCAUCUGAGCUCGAAUUAAUUCUAAAGUUGAAAGCCACGAUCGUUGAGAAGCUUAAUGUGAAGGUGUUCACUUUCGAAGAUGUUGACGGGUAUUUGAAGAAGAAAUUCGAGGGGUGCGCCCCGAUCAUGGAUUAUUAUCACGACUUUGUUUCUUUGGUCGAAAUGGAAAUUUGCUCUAAUGCCGGGAGUUUUGUCAGAUCAGACGCCUCGUCUUGGAGCAAGAAUAUUCAUCUGGAGCGCCUGGUUCGCAAGAAAACUCGUCACGAUAAGCCUAAUGAGAUUUUAAUUUCAGAUGACUGGACGCCGGAUUACUGGCACCCCAUCAACGAGCAUAUUUUGGAGUCUCUGGCAAAAAACGCGGAAGAAGAGGCAAAAAUCAACGCUGAGCGAGCUGAAGCUGGUUAUGCUGCGAGAAAUUUGGCUGAUUUGGCGAAAAAGGAACUAGAGGCGAGGAAGAACGGAAAAGUUGCUGGGAGAAAAGUUCAUGAUGAAAAUGAAAAACUUGCGCAUGAAAAAUAA